AUGGCCGGAAGCGAGGGUAUCCAUUACAGCAUUUGGGUGUCGCCAUCACCAACGAGCGAGAUUUCUGAAGAAGUGUUCAAGCUAGAGAGGGACGCCCAUAAGGCUUGUCCGGCGAUGAAAGAAGCCACAUUCCAACCGCAUAUCACAAUUGUUGGCUCCUUCAUGGCGGCUAGCGAUGAGAUGGCGAAAUCCAGAGCCAGGGAGCUCGCUAUGCAAGCCACAACGGGCCCGUUCAUGGUUGAGUUCGAUGCUGUACCUUCGGUGGUUGAGGCUGACAAAUGGAAUAUGGUUGUCGUGUUCUGGAUCGAUGACGACCAUGGUCACUUAUUGGCUUUGCACAAGGCGUUUGGAGGCAGUGGGAAAGGGUACACACCCCACAUGUCUCUAUGCUACGGCUGCUCAUCUAAAGAGGAACGCGAAGACCUUGCCGAGGUGAUGGCGAAGUCUACAACACUGAGUGGUCGCUGCCGUUUUGAUGUUGACUCAGUAGAGCUGUGGAGAACAGAGGGCAGCCUCGGUGGUGUUGCUGGCUGGAAGAAAAUUGAUCGGAUUGCUUUAUGA